AUUACUCCUCACCUCCCUCCUUUCUCUCUCAUUUUGCAAAGAGGAGGCACCAUGACAAGCACUCUUCUGUCUUUGCUUUUCUUGCUCUUCUCCCUUCUCAUUCCAUCCUUCAUUUCCUCUUCACCAGUUCGAAACCCUGAAGAAGUCGUACAAGAGGUCAACAGGAAAAUAAAUGGGUCUAUAGCAAGGCCUAGGAGAAACUUGGGCUACCUCUGGUGUGGCAGUGGCAACCCCAUUGAUGACUGUUGGAGGUGCGACCCCAACUGGGAGCAGAACAGGCAGAGGCUAGCUGACUGCGCAAUCGGGUUCGGCAAGAACGCCAUCGGCGGCAGGGACGGCAAGAUCUACGUGGUGGACGACGACGGCGACGACGAUGCCGUAAACCCGAAGCCGGGAAGCCUCCGGCACGCCGUGAUCCAAGACGAGCCCUUAUGGAUAAUCUUCGCAAGAGACAUGGUGAUCCAGCUGAAGGAGGAGCUUCUCAUGAACUCCUUCAAGACCAUCGACGGAAGAGGCGCCAGCGUGCACGUUGCUGGGGGUCCAUGCAUAACGAUACAGUACGUGACCAACGUCAUCAUCCAUGGGAUUCACAUUCACGAUUGCAAACAGGGAGGGAACGCUAUGGUGCGGGACUCCCCACGGCACUACGGGUGGAGAACCGUGUCGGACGGCGAUGGCGUGUCGAUCUUCGGAGGGAGUCAUGUAUGGAUCGACCAUUGCUCGCUCUCUAACUGUAACGAUGGGUUGAUCGACGCCAUCCAUGGCUCCACCGCUAUUACCAUUUCUAAUAACUACAUGACGCAUCAUGAUAAGGUCAUGUUGUUGGGUCACAGCGAUGCUUACACCCAGGACAAGGCCAUGCAAGUCACUAUUGCUUUCAACCACUUUGGUGAAGGCCUUGUUCAAAGGAUGCCAAGGUGUAGGCUUGGGUAUUUCCAUGUGGUGAACAAUGAUUAUACUCACUGGGAAAUGUAUGCCAUUGGUGGAAGUGCUAAUCCAACCAUCAACUGCCAAGGCAAUAGGUUUGUUGCACCCGAUGACAGAUUCAGCAAAGAGGUGACAAAACGUGAAGAUGCGCCAGAGAGUGAGUGGCAGGAUUGGAAUUGGAGGUCAGAAGGGGACUUGUUAGUAAACGGUGCGUUUUUCACAUCAUCGGGUGCUGGAGCCUCCUCUAGCUAUGCAAGGGCUUCUAGCUUAAGUGCAAGACCAUCUUCCCUUGUUGGUUCCAUAACAACAGGUGCUGGUGCACUCAGUUGUAAGAAAGGUUCUCCUUGCUGACAAACAAUCAAGCAACUUCUCUUCUGGCUUAUUCAUUCUUUCCAAAAAAAAAAGAAACAGAAAAGGGAAAGGGCUACAUAUAUAUAGUGGAUCUCUAGCUUUGUAUUUACUUUUCCUUGGAUUUCCAUAUUUCUCCACUCUUUUCCCCGGUUUUUUGGGGUUUCUUAGAUUGUUUUCUGCUGUUUGUCUUUUUUUUUUUUUUUUUUUUUUUAUCUUUUUUCAAUUUUGAGUUGCUCAUGAUUACAACCUCCACUUGUUACUCUUGGAACCAAUUAGUCAGUUGAAGAAUCUCAACUUCUAAGACAAAAACAAGUGCAGAAGAGUUGAUAUUAUUACUAUAUUAUAAUAGAAAGUUUGUAGUUUCUAUAGCUUCUAUACUA